AUGGGGAGAAGAGCCAAGAACAAGCAGGGGAUGCCCCCGACGUUGGAGGAGUUCCAGGCGGAGAAGGAAGGCAAGCGCCUGGGGAAGCAGCUGGCGUCGAAAUCUCAGCUGAAAAAGCGGCUGGCGGAGGCCAAGGACUCCCAGCGCAAGAAGGGUAAGCCCGCGAAGAAGCCCGAGGUCGAGGAAGAGGAAGUGGCUCAAGUCGACGUCGAGGAGUUGAGCAAGGCCAAGAAGCAGUUGUUCGAUGAUCUGGAUGACGAAGAUGGCGAAAUGGGCGACGAAUACGAACAGGAAGUGGACUUUGAAGAUGAAGCUCAUGCGAGACCCAUGUUCUCCGACGACGAAGACGACGAGUCCGACCUCGAAAACUUGAAUGCCGCCAACAUGGAAGCGUUCUCGCAAAAGCUUGACGAGGAAGACCAGCAGGAAGCCGAGGAAGCUGAGCUUGAAUUGUUGGAAGGUGAACAAAAGAACCCCAGAGCGCAAGUGUUGCCUCUGGCAGAAGAGAUGGAACAGAUCGCUAAGGGUGGUCCUCAAGACGUGCACGUGGUGAGAACGAGAAUCAUUGAAAUCGUCAAGGUGUUGGAAAACUUCAAGGAGCUUGCCGAAGAAGGUAAGCUGCGGGCCGAGUACACCCAACAGUUUGUGCGUGAUGUGUGUGAAUACUACGGCUACUCCGAGUUCCUUGCGGAAAAGCUCUCUGACUUGUUCACUCCUGCGGAAGCGAUGGAGUUCUUCGAAGCUAACGAAGUGGAAAGACCCGUCACUAUCCGUACCAAUACGUUGAAGACCAGAAGACGUGACUUGGCUCAGGCUCUCGUCAACCGUGGGGUUAACUUACAACCCAUUGGUGCCUGGACUAAGGUGGGGCUCCAAGUGUUCUCGUCGUCGGUGCCCAUCGGGGCUACUCCCGAAUACCUUGCUGGUCACUACAUUUUGCAAGCGGCGUCGUCGUUUUUGCCCGUGAUUGCCCUUGAACCUCAAGAAAACGAACGGAUCUUGGACAUGGCCGCUGCCCCCGGUGGUAAGACCACCUACAUCUCGGCGCUCAUGAAGAACACCGGGUGUCUUUUUGCUAACGAUUUCACCAAGGCUCGUACCAAGUCGUUGAUUGCCAACAUCCACCGGUUAGGAUGCAAGAACACCAUUGUGUGUAACUACGACGCUCGUGAAUUCCCCAAGGUGAUUGGCGGAUUUGAUCGGAUCUUGUUGGAUGCCCCUUGUACCGGUACCGGUGUUAUCGCUAAGGAUAAGGCGGUGAAGGUGCUGAGAACGGAAAAGGAUUUUAUGCAAAUCCCUCAUCUCCAAAAGCAAUUGUUGUUGUCGGCGAUUGACUCGGUCGACGCCAACCUGGCCACCGGUGGUGUCAUUGUCUACUCCACCUGUUCGGUAGCUGUUGACGAAAACGAAGCCGUGGUCGACUACGCUCUUCGCAAGCGUCCCAACGUCAAGUUGGUCGAUGCCGGGCUCAUGAUUGGUGAUGAAGGGUUCACCUCGUUCAGAGGUAAGCACUUCCACUCCUCGAUGAACCUCACUCGUAGAUUCUACCCUCACAAGCUUAAUGUCGACGGGUUCUUUGUUGCCAAGUUCAAGAAGAUCGCGUCGCUGCCUCACGAUGUGCUGAAGGCCGGUGCCCUGGAGAAGGAGCGCUUGGCUCGUGCUGAAGCCGAAGAAGAAGGCAUUAUUAACGGCGACUUUGCUGAGUUCGAUGACACCGAAGACAAGGACAUCAUGGACAAGGCGAUCAAGCGGAGCAUGAAGCGCCGGGGGAUCAACCCCAACGCCGUCAAGGCGGAUAACGAUAAGGAGGCUUAG